AGCAACUGUAAAUUCAGACUUUUCACUCAUCUCAAACUGAAGGCUCAAGAAGAUUCCUAUUUGCAGUUCAACAUAGCUAGUUACGUUUUGUUGAAGGUUUUCUGAGUGAAAUUUGUUGUUAAAAUGUCAAAUUGUUUUUUUCUCUUGUUCACCUUGUUGGUUUGUCCAUCCCUUCAGAAACCUCCACCAUCAUCAAAGCAUUCUGGAUUCAUCGAAGCCGAUAAUGUUGGAGAUGCAAUAGACAGUAUGGAGCCAAGCUGUCCACAAAAUAUUUGGGAGCUCAGUGGAAAAUUUGAAGGUGACAUUAUGUUGGGACCCAACGAAAUUGAUGUCAAAAACGUCCGUAGAAACGAGACAUCAAGAUGGCCGAAUGCUACAUUGGUUUAUCAUAUUCAUGAGAGUUUUGAGGAAGAGGAGAUACAGAGAAUCAAGAAAGCAAUGGCAGAGAUAGAAAACUCGAGCUGCGUGAAGUUCAAAGAGUACAGCGAGGGAGAUAAGGACUAUGUGCUAAUAGAGAACGACGAAUCAGGCUGCUGGUCAUAUAUCGGGAGAAUAGGAAGUAGGCAGAAGCUCAAUUUGAACAGAGAGGAGGGUUGUCUUACUCAUGACACCAUCAUUCAUGAGUUUCUACAUGCUCUGGGCUUCCAUCAUCAGCAGAGCGCGUCUAACAGGGACGAUUAUGUCACAAUUCACUGGGAAAAUAUCAAAGAAAAAGGUUGUUUAUUCAAAAUACGCUCUCCUUAUUAUAUUAUAUGUUGUCAAUAUUCAAUUUCAGAUAAUGAUAGUAUGGAUCCCAAGAACAACUUCAAGGUAAUGAAAGAAUGGAAGGUGACCGAUUUUGGAGUUGGCUAUGAUUAUGACAGUGUAAUGCAUUACUCUCGUUGUGCCUUUUCCAAGAAUGAUAAGCCCACUAUAACUACUGUUGAGGAAGGUGUCAAGAUCGGACAGCGUGAUCGUCUCAGUGAUAAAGAUAAAAUGAAACUGAAUAUAAUGUACAAUUGCAAUAAGGUGGAGGCUGAAGUUGAGAGCAGUGAUACCAAUUGAUUCUGAUGAGGAUUAAUCUGAUUACAUAGAUGAUGAUUUGAUUAAGGUUCUCAUUUGAGCACUUUUGAUCAGAUUUCAUGUUUAGUUAUGACAUAGAAUAGGUAAUGCAUUUAGGCUACAUUCAUUCAUUAUUUUUCUAAAACUACCUAUAUAAACUUAUGUGACUGAAAUCAACAUGAAUUAAAAGUUACAUCUUGCUUUCAUAACUU